GAAACCGCCCGGGGAAGCCGCGAUGCGAGGGGGGAAAGACGUAGCCAUUCAAGAUGGCGAAGGACCUGGACGAGCUCUUGGAUGAGGUUGAAUCCAAGUUUUGUAGACCAGACCCACUGAGACCGGGCAUGGCUGAGCGACCCACAGGCCAAGGAGGCGGCGGCGGCGGCACCCUCAGUAUCGACCGGAACCGAGCCGAGGCGAAAGAAAAUCUCAGAUCAACAGAAGGAUUUAAAAAAGAAGAUGAUCUUGACAGUCUUAUUAAUGAAAUAUUUGAAGAUCAAAACUUUGAUAAAAAAUCCUUUAAAUUGAAACCUAAAUCUUCAGCUAACACAUCUGUCAGAGCUUCCAUUCAAGGUCUUGGUAAAAGUUGCAGCCCGGUGUACCUUGGUGGAAGCACUGCUCCAUGUGGUAUUGGAACGACUAAUUCACAGAGAGCAUGUGACCGUCUGCGUUGUAUAGCGUGUGAUUUCUGGGUAGUAAGCUACGAUGACUAUAUGUGGGACAGAUCAUGCGAUUAUCUGUUUUUCAGGAACAAUGUGCCAGAAUUCCACAAAUUAAAAACAAAGUUGGUGGAGAAGAAAGGAACACGGGCAUAUGCCUGCCAGUGUAGCUGGAGAGCUAUUGAAGAACUGACUGACCUUCAAACCGAUCAUCAACUGCGAUGGGUUUGUGGUAAACAUUGAGAAUGCAGACUUCUGCCCCAGCCUGGUGGCUCAGUUGGUUGGAGCAUCGUCCCAUACACCAAAAGGUUGUGGGUUUGAUUCCCAGUCAGAGCACAUACCUA